AUGGGUAAAAGAAACCACAGAACUGGCAAGGGAUUCGGCAAGAGAGACGGCCCAAAGUCCAACAAAUCAGACAACCGUGGCCAAUGGGUUGAGGUGAAUCGUGAAAACGAAAAAUGGGAAAAUUAUUAUAAAGCACUUGGACUCAUUCCAGAAGAUGAAUGGGACACUUUCAAGCUGUUCUGUCAGCGUGACUUGCCUUUGACUUUCCGUAUUACCGGAUCAAAGGCCCAUGCACAUGAAGUCAACCAGAAGUUUAUCGAUGACCAUGUGUCUAAGUUGAAAGACGUCGAGUUCGAUGGUAUGAAGCUUGCACCAAAGAACAUCGCCUUCUACCCUGAGCAGUUGGGAUGGCAAUUGGAUGUGCCCAAGUCUGUCAUCCGUAAGAAUGCUGAGUUUGCAAAGACCCAGCGCUUCUUGGUUCUCGAGACCACUGUGGGCAACAUCUCUAGACAGGAAGCCGUUUCCAUGAUUCCUCCUUUGUUGAUGGACGUUCAACCUCACCACGCCGUAUUGGACAUGUGUGCUGCCCCAGGCUCCAAGACUGCUCAGCUAGUGGAGGCCUUGCAUGCUAAGGAUGCCGAAACUCCUGCUACAGGCUUUGUAAUUGCCAACGACAGUGACUACAAGAGAUCGCACAUGUUGGUGCAUCAGGUCAAGAGAUUGAACUCUCCAAAUUUCUUGGUGGUCAACCAUGAUGCACAGUUGUUCCCUAGAAUUCAGGUGGAUGGUGUGGAGGGCCACAUUAAAUUCGACAGAGUGUUGUGUGACGUUCCAUGUUCUGGAGAUGGAACAAUGAGAAAGAACAUCAACGUGUGGAAGGACUUCACCAUUGCUGACGGAAUGGGCUUGCAUCCUUUGCAGGUUAACAUCUUGGCCAGAGGCUUGCAGUUGCUAAAGGAGGGCGGACGUUUGGUGUACUCCACCUGUUCGUUGUCUCCUAUCGAGAACGAGGCCGUUGUUGCCGAAGCCUUGAGAAAAUUCGACCAGGUCAGCCUUGUGGAUGUUUCUGAAGAGUUGCCAGGUUUGCAGAGACGCCACGGUGUGUCAUCGUGGAAGGUUUUCGCUAAAGACAUGACUGAGAAGUUCGAGCCUGAAGACCACAUCCAUGCCACUGCAUUCCCACCAACCAAGGAAGAGGCCGAGAAGUUCCACUUGGACAGAUGUGUCAGAGUGUACCCUCACUUACAGAACACUGGAGGAUUCUUUAUUACUGUGUUUGAGAAGAAGGCCAAGCAGACUACAAAGAGAGCAGCCAGCCCUACUGAGGAGCCAGAGCUGAAGAAGCCAAAGACCGAGGUCAAGCACGUCCCAACAAGCAAAAAGAAGACCCCUAGAGGUGCAAACGAAGAGCCUUUUGUGUUCUUGGACCCAUCAAAUGAGCUGUUGCAGAAAUGCUGGAAAUUUUACGAUGUGGAUGAGAAGUUCCCUCGUGACACUGAGUUGGUCAGAAACGCUACUGGUGAGGCAUGUCGUGUGAUUUACUACGUGAAUCCAUCUAUUGCACAGAUUCUCAAGAUUCAAAAUCAAAAAUUGAAGCUUAUCCAUGCUGGUAUCAAGUUGUUCAGUGCCCAGAGAAACGAUAGUGGCUUGUGUCCUUGGAGAAUGCAGAAUGAGAGUUUGCCAGUCAUUAGCAAGCACUUGGGUCCUGCUAGACAGUUGACCACCAACAUGGACGUUUUGAAGGUGUUGUUCCAGGACGCUUUCCCAAAGAUUGCCCAGCUCAAGGAGUCUGGCUUGGACGAGGAGUUCACCAGCAAGUUGGAGGCCAUGGACGAGGGAUGUCUCUUCUUGACCAUCAAGAGAGAUACGCUCGAGGAUUUGUUCGUCCCAUUGUGGAAGGGUAAGAGCAACGUCAACUUGAUGGUGAACAAGCACGAUACCCAGGAGUUGCUUAUGAGACUUUACGAUAUUGAGACUUCUGCCAACGAUGAGGGUAAGGAGAAGAUUUAUCAGAUGAAGGUGGAGGCUGAGAAGAGUGCUCGUGCAUCCAAGGAAGUUUCGGAGGCUCCAGCCGCUAAGGAAGAAGCUCCAGCCACCAAGGAAGAGACUGAAUAG